AAGCUCUCACCCUGGUUCUUUGUGUUAGAUCAUACUAAUUAUGCUCGUUGGGUGCCUGUUCACUCCAAGAUAAGGCACAAAAUAAUACACUGGCUUUGAGACCAACAGAAAAUGAGAACCCUGGCUCCCUCUGAUUGAGCUGCAGGUUUCUAUGGAGACAGCGUCCUGGCAACAACUCUCAGCAGCCGUUUUCUUCCCAUCUACCAGGCCUAGUGGCAGCAGGCCCCGCGGAGAGGGAGAGGACCUGGCUGCCACUAGCAGCAGGAAGGGACGGAUGGACAUCCAGGCUGUCUAGCUGCGCUCUAUGAAUCUUUGCAUACAGCUAUCCCAGAAGUAAAAACAUAUUAAAAAGCCGAGCAGAGACAUCCAGCAGAGAGGUUGCUAGGAUGCAAGGGAAGGAUGGGCAGCCAUGUCCUGCCCUAAUCCAACACUGACAUAAAUUAUUGAAAAGAAAAUGGCACAACGAAGCCCAAUCUUUCCGACACUUGCCCCUACUGAAAGACGGAUUCGAAAUAUACCACUACACAGCCAAGCUUUGACCGCGGUCCCAUUAGCAUCUGCAAGUCUCGUGGAUCAGCUAGAAGACAGAAUUCUAAGCCAUGAGAAAACAACUGCUGCCCUUGUGGAACACGCUUUUCGCAUUAAGGAGGACAUUGUUUCCACUUUGCAUAGAAUGCAGAACAAAGGGGGAGGAGAUCGGUUGGCUAGGCAACUCUUAGAAGAACACAUCCGAAACAUAACAGCAAUAGUGAGGCAGCUUAACCGGGACAUUGAGACGCUGCAGGAACAGAUACGUGUCAGGGAUAACCUCAGUUAUGGAACUAAUUCUACCUUAAAGAGCCUGGAAAUGCGGCAGUUGUCUGGUUUGGGAGAUCUUCGGGGGAGAGUUGCAAGGUUGCUGCAUUUCUCGGUAACAGUGGUACUUGCUAUAAUUCAGAUGAUGAAAGUGCAUCCCGGAGUGAAUGCUUUCCAACUGAAAUGA